AUGCUUUUAAGAACUUCUGAUAUUCGCGACCUAGGUCGGAUGAUGCGCAGUUUCAUGCCACUUUCUCCUUCAGACCGGCAAUCUUCAACAACUAUUUUCGUUCGCCCCGCACCUGACUCUUCUUUACCUGUGGGUCCUUCUUCUUCAGGAAGCAUAGCCGAUAUUACUGUUGCAAAUGAUUCCCCGUUCAGAUCUAUUAAAGACUUAGGAGAUUCUUCACCUACCACUGGCUGUGGCAACAUAAAACCCUCCGAAAAUUUGCCUCAAACUUGUGAUUUAUCCAAGAAAACCUUUGAGGUAUCCAAAAGUAUUGCAGAUACUCGCUUGCUGCUUGAGGAGUUGCAUGGCCACUGUGCUACCGCUGCUUCUCAGGUUGACAUUGAUGAGGAUGAGGACGGAGGUGCUGAUAUCGAUACUGCAUCAACAGCUUUCCGCCAAGGCCUCGUUGAAGAUGGUGGUAUUGGUUGUCUAGACUGGUUGGAAAAAGAGACGGAGUUUUUGCCAUCGACCGGUGAUGAAUAUGGUGAUCUGGCACUGUCGGCUAGUCAUGAUGCAAUACUAAUUACAGAACACGAUCCAAAUCUAAAUUAUGUAUGGCCACAUGUCGAAGAUAUCUAG